GCCCUCGAAAUCGAAUCAAGGCGUCCCCAAAUGCCGUGCUCCCCCUUCCCCCUCCUCGUCCUCCGCUGCCGCCCCUAAUGUCGCCGGGUGCCGCUGCCGUCCGCAGUGGGAACGCUUCCCGUCCCUGCAGCGCCGCUGUCGCCGAGACCCGCCCCGUCUCCAUCUCAACCCCGUCGGUGUCUCGAUCCGUUUUUCCUGUGCGUCCCUAGCGGUGUAGCAGGCUCUUCUUUUGUUGGGAGAUGGUGGACUCGGUGAACGUGGUCUUGGAGUUCUUGAAGAAAAAUCGGUUUACCAACGCCGAGGCUGCUUUACGGGGGGAGCUCAAUGCCCGACCAGAUUUGAACGGGUUCCUUCAGAAGCACCUUGCUGAAGAGAAAGAAGUGGGAAGAACUGUUGGGGAAGUUGAUAGUGUGAGGCAACAAAGUACCAGCUCGCAGAUUGCUGAGAGUUCUAAAGAGUUCGUUGUAAAGGAGAUUGAAGUAGGAGGGAUUGGAAAUGGAUUCGGCAGCAAAAAGGGUUGCGGUCUUGGUCAGGGUAGGGAAAGCGGUUCAGUAGAUCUCUACCCUUGGAAUUUUAUUUCCACUGCCAGUACUAGUUCUGUUUCGAAAAAUACUGGCACUGGAAACAACUUUGCUGACAUCUUGAUAUCGGAAGAACCAAAGCAUCGACGGGGUUCUUUUGUGUUGGAAAAGAGAGAUCGUGCUGUUGGUGUUGAACCUGAUUGGCCGGUGGAGCAAAGGGUUUCUUAUGAUAUGGACAUGGAUAAAACUGAUGUUGAAGUGAAGCCUAACAUCAGCCAAGUUAUUGAUCAUAAAGAUCAAACUGCCUACUGUCAGGGCCAUUUUCUUGAUGAUCCAUGGGUGAAAAGUGGGGAUCCCGGAUGUUCUGUGAAGACAGUUUUUCCAUUUCCCAUGGAUAAUGCCUCGUCCGGUUAUAUUGGACAUGCUAGUGAAAGAAGAGAGUUUAAGCAUAAAAUUAAUAGUGAUGACAUUAGGGAAUCAACAAAAGAGGAGCUAGAUGCUGUGAGCAGAUCAUCCUUUGAUGGGAAGUCUCUAGAUAGUGCAGAACAAAAUUUUUUUAAGAAUUUUGAUGGACCAGUUUCUGGUGGACAUCACAGGGAUGAGCUACCAAGGCUGCCUCCUGUACGGCUUAAAUCUGAAGACAAAUUAGUCAACCUGCAGUGGGAGGAAAAGGCUGAUUGUCAUGAAUCUGGAAUGAAGCCAUCCAAUGCUGAUACUACCUUUAUGAUUGGAUCUUACCUUGAUGUCCCCAUCGGGCAGGAGAUCAACUCCUCAGGUGGCAGGCGAACAAUUGGAAGCAAUUGGCUGUCUGUAAGUCAAGGUAUUUCCGAGGACACUUCCGAUUUGGUAUCUGGUUUUGCUACCGUUGGUGAUGAAUCACUUGAUUACCCAAACGAGUAUUGGGAUUCUGAUGAAUAUGAUGAUGAUGAUGAUAUUGGAUACACAAGGCAGCCCAUUGAAGAUGAAACCUGGUUUCUGGCACAUGAAGUUGAUUGUCCAAGUGAUAAUGAAAAAGGAACAGGUCAUGGGAGUGUGCUUGAUCAUCAGGAUCAGGCUCCCAUUAAAGACGAAGAUGACACUUCUUUUGCUGAGGAAGACUCAUACUUGUCAGGCGAGCAGUAUUUGCCAACAAAAAAUGUUGAACAAGUUGCUAUUUCAGCAGGAUCAAUGGGUCAUAAAAUGCUAGAAAUGUAUGACAAAACAGAUGAAAGUGAUCUGAUAGCUCAUUAUGAUGGGCAGUUGAUGGAUGCUGAAGAACUAAGUUUGAUGCGUUCGGAACCUGUCUGGCAAGGUUUUGUCACACAAAACAAUGAAUUGAUGAUGUUAGAUAAUGGGAAAGGCCCCAACGAUGUUGGACGAAGUCAUCAGGAGAAUCCUUUUACAGAAGAUGAUCAGCAUGGUUCAGUCAGGUCAAUUGGUGUGGGAAUAAAUAGCGAUGCUGCUGAGAUUGGUAGUGAAGUUCGUGAGAGCUUGGUCGGAGGAAGUAGUGAAGGGGACACAGAUUUCUUUCCUGAUCACGGUGUCAGUGCAAGUGGCAGAAGUUAUCAUCAAAAUGAUACAACUGAUAUUGAUAUGCAUAGACCAAAGAGAGAAAAGAUGAGGGGAAAUAAACAGGAUGGCGACAUUUUGGCAUGUAAAAAUGAUAUGAGCCUAUCAGGAGUGAGCACUGAUGGUGGCUUUUCCUUCCCUCCUCUUCUGAAAACCGGAAGUAUGCUGGAGGCUGAUUCUGGCAAAACAUUAUCUUCAAGCAAAACCAAUGCUGCUCAUAGUCCUGAUGAGUGUGCAAAUGGCAUAGCUACAGAGGAUAUGCUCGCCACUUGGAGAAGAAAAGGUAGUGAUUCUUCUCCUGUAAAGAGCUCCAGAGAUGAGGAGAUUUCUGAUGUGGCUAGAUCAAGAAACUCGAGUGCAUCAUCAGGCUCGAACUAUGGCUAUGCUGUAACAGAGAGCAUUAGUAAAGGGCACCAUGAAGCCAAUGAAAUAAGUGAAGAAGACCGUGGAGCAACACUAGAAGAUGAAGAAGCAGCAGCAUUGCAGGACCAAAUAAGACAGAUAAAAGUUCAGGAGGAGGAAUUCGAGACUUUCUAUCUCAAGAUAGUGCAUCGGAAAAACAGAACUGGCUUUGAAGAAGACAAAAACUUUCAUGUGGUUCCGAAUUCUGUCAUUGCUGGACGUUAUCAUGUUACUGAAUAUUUGGGUUCUGCUGCAUUUAGCAAAGCUAUUCAGGCACAUGACUUGCACACUGGCAUGGAUGUUUGUGUGAAAAUCAUCAAGAAUAAUAAAGAUUUCUUUGAUCAGAGCCUUGAUGAAAUUAAGCUUUUGAAAUUUGUCAACAAGAAUGAUCCUGCUGACAAGUACCACAUCCUACGUCUGUAUGAUUAUUUCUAUUAUCGGGAACACUUGUUGAUAGUUUGUGAACUUCUCAAAGCCAACUUAUAUGAAUUUCAUAAAUUCAACAGAGAAUCUGGAGGAGAAGUUUAUUUCACAAUGCCUAGGCUUCAGUCAAUUACAAUCCAAUGUCUGGAAGCACUUCGGUUUUUGCAUGGUCUUGGUCUUAUUCAUUGUGAUUUGAAGCCUGAGAAUAUAUUGGUAAAGAGCUACAGCAGGUGUGAAGUUAAGGUUAUCGACCUUGGUAGCAGCUGCUUUGAAACAGAUCAUUUGUGUUCUUAUGUACAGUCACGAUCUUAUCGUGCUCCUGAGGUUAUUUUGGGCCUCCCAUAUGACAAAAAGAUAGACAUUUGGUCACUGGGAUGUAUCUUGGCCGAGCUUUGCACCGGAAAUGUUCUCUUCCAAAAUGACUCUCCUGCAACGCUACUGGCUCGUGUGAUUGGGAUCAUUGGCCCCAUUGACCGAGGGUUGCUUGCAAAGGGACGUGAUACAUACAAAUAUUUCACAAAGAACCACAUGUUAUAUGAAAGGAAUCAGGAAACCAAUCGGCUAGAAUAUUUGAUCCCAAAGAAGACGUCAGUACGUCACCGGUUGCCAAUGGGUGAUCAAGGCUUUAUCGAUUUCAUUGCUUAUCUUCUGGAAGUAAACCCAAAGAAGCGACCAAGUGCCUCAGAGGCUCUGCGGCAUCCAUGGCUGUCCCAUCCUUACGAACCAAUAUCAUCUUGACUCUUCGUGGUGGCGGAUGCUCGACCUUCACCAGAGAAAGUUGUGAUGUGCAUCAUCAGCUGACGCAUAUCUGCGGUUGUGGCACGCGAAGCAGCAAGAUUAGCAAAUGGAAAGAAGCCGUUGUCGAAUUCAAGAAGCUGCUUACCAGAUGUUGUAAUUGAACUUUGCUAAAUUUGUCUUGAAGUCAGGAUGUGAUGUAGGUGUGUUGCCUUCUGUGGGAAGAAGGACCAUGUCCUGUUGUAUAUGAUGUGAUUAUUGUUGAGGUUUUACAAAGUGUCGGUGCUGCCCCCCCAGUCUUAACAUUUAUGCCAAAAUGUUAAUGGCUACUAUUAACUGCAGUGAGAAGUUCUCAUGCAAUUAGAAGUUGGGAGCAUGUGUUCUGGACAAACUUAGUUGGUUGCCCCAAAGGGACUAAUAUUUCCACUGUAUGCUUUACCACAUUGCCCCUUUGUGAGUGGCAUACUUUCUGGUCUG